ACUCUCUCCUUCAUUGGUCAAUAACUGCAUACACGCAGUUUUAAAUGCAAACACUUGUGCUCACAGCAAAUAAGUUGUGUUUUUUAUUUCAGUUGCAACGGAUUGGGAGACGUGUACGAACUCGUAUAGACCAACGACGGCAAAUCACCGUACAUCCCGCCGAAGAACAAGGGAACAUAUUUGCCAACCGUGAGGGCCAGUUGAAUUACGUCCGUAGUGCGCAAGGGGAUAACUGCAGACAUUUGGGAGCAUACAAUAACGGCAGACAGCUUGCACGGGCGAAUAAUGUCUGCAGUUCUGCUAUGGAGGCAUUUAAUUUGCUUCAACUUCCGGACUACCCUCACUUCGAAGCAGCACGGUGUACUCCAGAUCAACGUUGGUGUAUUUUCGGACGACCUAUGUUUACGCGGAGUUACGUCUGCACGUUCUACUGCAAUCCAAUGCCUGGAAGACCCCAAGUACUGAUCGACGGUCAGCUGAUGUCUCCAUACUUGCUCACCGAGUUAGUGAUACCAGCAGAAUAAAAAUGAACCUUAUUAAUUUCUCAGAACUUAUGCAUGUCGUUUGUUAGGGUUAAGACGUAAAAAAGGCACUUCGUCCAUUUCCUGGUAGAAUUUGUGCAUUGAAUGAGCAGAUAGCGUUUUGCGGAGACAAAACUUUUGUAAAGCCACGACAUCAGUGCAAAAUUAAGACCACCAUUAAAAGUGUUUGAAACACUUUCUUCAAUUAAAACAAGAAACAUUUCCAAUUUAAAGAGAAAAAAUGUAUCUAAUUUGUUUUUUCAUUUACAAUCGGAGGAAACUUAUUUUACUGAGAGACAUUUUUUCAGGUGGAUGUUUUGUUAAAAUUCAAUUGAAGGUUUUUUUUCUUUUGAUUCAAAAAAAUGUUCCCUGUCAUCAAUGACUUUGAGUUUCCUCGAAUAAAAAAGAAAAAAGAAAGGAGGAAAAAUGAAUUUCAAAGAAACUGCUCCGAUGUUGUUUCUUAGAGGAGGGCAUUUUUCUAUAGCUGGAAAGUCACAUUAUUGAGCCCAAAAUGAUUUCUAUAUUUGCAUAAUUGUAGUUUCAAUCUAAAAAAUGUGUGUAAUGAUUUUGUAAUGAGCCCUUGGUUACACGGAACCAGUGGCGUGGCGUGCUUUGCGAUAUAUCGAAUGUUCUGCCAUUUAAACCUAUGGUAAAGAAUCUAUUAUUAAGGCGUUCGCUGCGAACACCCUGUGUAUCGAUCCUUUUCCAUAGGUUUAAAUGGCGCAACAAUCGAUUUAUCGCAUUUCACACCACGCCACUGCACGGAAGGAGCAGCGUUAUGCAAUAUUCGGCUUCAAAAAUAGGAAAAUUCGUUAAAUCGAAGUGCGUUUCAGAACAUCUUCAACAUGCUCAGAGCUUGUGGAGUUUUUUUUACAGCCUGCGUCAAUGAUUUUGCAUCAAUUUUCAAUUUUUUUCCCUCCUGGGUGAACCACUUAUCGAUGGUGAAACUACCAAACCAC